GGGCCGGGUUGCCGCCGCCGCCGCCAUCAUGCCGGGCGCCGCCGAGCGCGGCGCGGAGCUGUCGGAGCAGAUCGAGGCCUUCGUGGCGCGGCUGCGCGGCGGCGGGGAGCGGCCGCGCUCCGAGGACACGGCGCGGCAGACGCUGGUGCUGCUGCGGAAGAUCGUGGCGCAGGGGCGCUGGGGCCGCGCUGGGGAGCUCAUGGAGCUGAUCCGGACAGAGGGCAAGCGGAUGACAGCAGCCCAGCCGUCUGAGACUACUGUGGGCAACAUGGUGCGGCGAGUGCUGAAGAUUAUUCGGGAGGAGUAUGGCAGGCUUCAUGGGCGCAGUGAGGAAAGCGACCAGCAAGAAUCACUGCACAAGCUUCUGACUUCCAGAGAGCCGAGCGAGGAUUUCAGCACCCCUUAUCCUCUCCUUAGAGCUAGCGUCAUUGAAGCUGUUAACGAGCUGCUAAUAGAGCUAGAGGGCACCACCGAUAACAUUGCCAUGCAGGCGCUGGAGCACAUCCACUCCAAUGAGGUGAUCAUGACCAUCGGCUACUCGCGCACUGUUGAGGCCUUCCUGAAGGAAGCUGCCCGCAAGCGGAAGUUCCAGGUCAUCGUGGCAGAAUGUGCACCUUUCUGCCAGGGUCAUGAAAUGGCUGUCCGACUAUCGAAAGAGAACAUCGAAACUACCGUCAUGAGUGAUGCAGCUAUUUUUGCUGUCAUGUCUCGAGUCAACAAGGUGAUCAUCGGCACGAAGACGAUUCUGGCCAACGGCGCGCUCAUUGCUGUGAGUGGGACUCACACUCUGGCGCUGGCAGCUAAGCACCACUCCACUCCCCUCAUUGUGUGUGCCCCUAUGUUCAAGCUUUCACCACAGUUCCCUAAUGAAGAAGAUUCAUUCCACAAGUUCGUGUCACCUCAGGAAGUGCUGCCUUUCACAGAAGGGGAGAUCCUGGCAAAGGUCAAUGUUCACUGCCCAGUGUUUGACUACGUCCCUCCAGAGCUCAUUACUCUCUUCAUUUCUAACAUCGGGGGUAAUGCGCCUUCCUACAUCUACCGCCUCAUGAGUGAACUCUACCAUCCAGAUGACUAUGAACUCUGAACUCUAAUGCCUUGAGGCAGGUCGCUGUCCAGGCUUUUCCUACCUUGAUGAAGAUACAACAGCUAAUCAAAAGCACGUGUUGCAAAGAUGGCUGCUGACCCUCAGAGGGAAGUUUGCUCAAGUGCAGUCUUUCCCAUUGAAAAGCAACAGAAAGCAGAGCUCUUGCACAGGUUUUGAUUGCUCUACUGAAUUAUGAGCCACAUGGAGCUGCUAAUCCACUUUGAUUUAGAACCAGCAAGGCAUACAUAUAAUUUUCUGGGGAAGCCAAGCUGUUAUUUCAUGAUGUGCUGCAAUAAAGGCUGUUGACAGUGA